AUGAACAGGCAGCUCACGGCCGUUAUACCCUUGGAAUCGAAUCCAGAUGUGUUCGACAAGUUUGCUUACAACUUGGGGCUCGACACCUCGUACAACUUCAACGAUAUCUUCUCCAUAGAUGACCCGAGUUUACUGGAGUUUUUGCCCAGACCGAUGGUCGCUAUAGUGUUGCUAUUCCCAAUACAGAAAAAUAAACCAGCUGUCGGCAGCGCUGAGAACAAGGGAACCACCCCAAUCUGGUUGAAACAGAAUUUCAAGAAUGCUUGUGGGUUGUACGCUCUGUUGCAUAUUUUGGUCAACAAUAAACAUCUGUUGACCAAGGGGUCUGCUCUCUUAGAGUACUUGGAAAGUAAUGACGGUCACGUUGGACAGAACAUCGACCAAUUCAUAGUCGAUUUCAUAGAUACGUACAAGCAGGACUUCAUCCAGUCCUCGGGAGACUCUCAAAACCCGGAUCCAGAGGAUACCAUCGAGUUGCAUUUUAUCAGUUUUAUAUCGUACGGUGAGAAGUUGUGGGAACUCGAUGGGAGAGCUGUGGAUGGUAAGCCGUUGUGUCUGGGGGAAGUCCAGAAAAAAAAUGCUGCACAGGUGGAUUUGAUCGACGAACUAGUCAUAUUCCAAAGAAUUCAAUCGUACAUGAGUAACGUCGAAAGGGAAUCAGACAAAAUGAGUUUCUCACUUUUGGGGUUAUCAAAAUCUUGGGAAUGA